GUCAGGGAGCAGAGAGCCCAGGAGUCCUCAGGCCAGCUCUGUCUGCACAUGUAAAAGAUGAAGAUCUCUACAGCUGCACUCUCCUUCCUCAUCCUUGCUGCUGCCCUUGGAUCUCCAACCCAUGGAUCUCAAGUCUAUGAGCCCCGGAGCCCCGAACCCAGACUGGAGAUACAUCAGUUGAAACCCUCAAUACGUCAAGAAUCAGGACCUCACCGUCCCCCCGACUGCUGCUUCUCCUAUGCACAAAAAAUCCGAUGCAUAUUCAUGGAAAAUUUCUUUGAAACAACCAGCGAGUGCUCCAAGCCCGGUGUCAUCUUUAUCACCAAGAGAGGCCGUCAUGUCUGUGCCAAUCCCAGUGAUAGGAAAGUUCAGAAAUGCAGAAUGAAGCUGACUGAAGCCAAAGACCUGACGAAAAUAUUUGCUUGAAGAAAAGGGAUACUAGGUGCCAGCCACCCAUCUCCAUCUCUCUUACCUCACCUCCUGGGACUUUCUUGGCCUGAAUUAUUAAAAAAUAAAAAUAAAAUAAAAAAAUAAACUGUUCUGUUCUGGUUAUAAAAGCUAUGCACUAAUAAAAAGUUUCCAAUUUAA